AUGGCUUUAGUGAGUGUCUACAGGUCCUCGUCUGCUAAGUAUGUCCUUGGCACCAAGACUUUCACCCUCCCCACGCAGGACAAUGGGUAACUGUCUGCGCCUCCCACUGAGCUCUGCAAUUAUCAUGAUAAUUAUUGUCAGGUGGCUCAGGCAACAAGGUACUUGCCAAUCAAACCCUCUAAUAAACACUGCUCCUUAGUGAAUUAAGCGCGGCUGUGUCAAAAUAGCCUCCUCCUAACUACACUGGUUUUGCCCCCCUGGUCUGAUCCACGCACCCAGUGUUAGGGCAGUCCCCGGGCUAUCCACCUGUGCUGACCAAGACAGCAAGCCCCCCACAUUUUUGGAGACCGCACCGGCUCGGAGCCAGGCUGUGCCUGGCGCAUGGUGAAAAGUUAGUGGCUGGCCAUGUUUAAAAGAAAGGAGACGGAUAUAUAAUAAGGUUCAGUAGUUACAAGUGACUGAUGAAAAAGAUAUAGCUGAUAUUAAACUGUUAAGCACAUAAAGAUGGGAAAAAAUAAAGUAAAUUAAACAAAUAAUAAAUAAAUCAAAUGAAAUAAAAUGUUAAGUACAUGUACAUAAAAUGAUUUAAGAAGUGACAACAUAAGGCUAGCACAACUAGUGACAUCUCAUCCUUUCAGGGAGAAAGAAAAGUUAUUUCACAGAAACACACCCAGGAUUAUUACUGAAUAUGAUUUUGAAAAAAAGAGUGUGUCUCACGACAGAAGUAAUUAAAAAUGGUGCUUUUUUUAAUAUGAACAGCAAGACUAAAUUAAAAAAACCAUGCAGCAUUAUCUUGAAAGCUGUCAUUCUUUGUCAUUCUUUCCAUUUGGACAAGUUCAUUGAUCUUGAGGUAAGAUGGCCAGGCAGCAGAAUACAAAGCCUUGAAAACAAGUUUAAGCAAAUGAAAAUCUCCACUUUCCUUCACUGGUAGCCAAUAGCAACCUAAUUUUUAAAACAUCAUCUAUGUCUCUAGCAUAACGUCCAGCGACAUAACUAGCCACGGAAAAUCUUUUCAAGAGAAAAUCAGGAAGUGAAUGAAAAAAAAUGACACAGUAGUCACAUCUGUAAGUUUUAGAUAAGACUAAUGAUUCAGUUGGGUGUUUUCUGAGCUUAAAGUUAGAAAAGUCUUUAAUUUUCCGUAAGAUGCCAAGCAUGUAACAGGACUUUGAUAACUGAUACACAAGAUAUAGAUGUCCACUGAAAUGAAUCCCAAGGAGCUUGCUUAUAUUGACACGCUCAAGUGAUCUAUUGAAUAUCCUAAAGGAGGGAUUGAAUUGUCCAAGGGGGUGAACAAUAGACAUCUGGCUGGUGGACAGAACCAUUGUCUUGGUCUUGAUGGGGUAAGUGCUAAGUGAGAUUCAGCAGACCAAGAGCUGAGGCAUUGAGUGCACUGUUAAGAUCUUCAGUUUUUGAGGGAGGUCAUUAGCACAGCAGCUGGAAUAAAUAGUCGCAUCAUCAGCAUGCUAAUGAGUAGAAACAUUAGUUGGGAGGUUAUCCUGGUUAUCCUGAGUCAUAAAGGUUGAACAACAUGGGUGCCAGUAUUGAUCCCCGGGGACACCAAACUGAAGAGAACAAAACAAUCCACACCCCUCACCUCCAUUCAAAGUUGGGGUGUUUGUUGUUUUCUACAGCAGCACAAUUCCAUAGAGGGAUGGGGGAGAGAAGCCUUAUUUUCCCCUUUUGAAGGAGGU